AUGUCUAAUACCACUACGACUACAAUCGCCAAAAACAACACGCGUUUCUUCAAACUCCCUUCAAAGAAGUUUUCCGCGUUUCUUGGAGUAUGUACAGUACUAGGGGGACUUUUAUAUCGUGAUAACUACUUAUCGAGUUGCGGUAAAACUCGAGUUCAAGCUAAGGUAGCGCAUAUAGCAAACCAACCAUUAGCUGUGAACGAGUUACCACGUAAAGUGACUGUGUGCCUGGCACCGCCUGGUGGGGAUGGAAUACAUAAAACGAGAAUACACUUUCGUGAAUAUGUCAAGCCAGUAUUGGUGGCGGCUGCUUUGGAUUAUGAUGUGCUUGAAGGAACGAGACCAGGUCAACUAAGAUCAUUAGUACGCGAUUCUAUAAUAAAGCAACGAAAAUUAAAAGCAGCAGAAUCGAUCGCUACAGAAACAGCAACAUCAACAUUCUCCUCAUUAUCAGAACCCAAGGUCUCAUCAUCGUCGUCUACAAAUACUGAUGAAAUACAAGAAAAUAAUGGCGGAGGUGGUGUGAUUGUUAUUGGACCAUCAUCAUCCUCGCCCUCCUCACUUUCUCCACCCACUUCUUUACCCGAUUUCUCUAUCCCGGAAAAACAUGAACCGAUUGGUUACAUACACUUUUAUAAUCGCAUCGGAUGGAUGAAUAUACCAUUACGAAUGUAUCACGCAUUUAAUUCUCACGAAAAUUUUGAUCUUGCUGGCGAAGAAACUGUCAAAGUUGCACUAGGCGAUACGCGAGAAUUUUCAAAUGCCGAUUUGGAAAUCGGAAAAGACGAGGAGAAAUUUUUCAAAGGAGUGUCGAUUGACGAACCUGUGCUCGAUGAAAAGAUUGCUGGACGGGGAUCCUCUUUAAACGUCUCGGUUGUCUCAAAAAUAUUGUUAUUUACUAUUUAUGGGAUAGUGUAA